AUGAGUGCACUCGCCUCUCCUCUGUCCGGAACUGGUGCCACCAACAGCACUCUGAGCCAAGCUCGUCGCGAUAAAACUAAUACCUUUUCUAUUCGCUCUGCCGACAUUGAGACCCCUGAGCCUGUCGCAUCCCCCGACAUCAUCAACCUGAAGCCAGCCGCCAGCGAGCUCUCCUCCAACACCCACAACGUCACCUCGACUCCUGCUCUCGAUGUCGAAGACAAAGAUUCCAACUGUUCAAUCUACUGCAACCUGUUUGCUCACAUCAUCCGCUGCCUACAGUCUCCCACUUUUUGCAGGUGUGAUAGUAGGGGCUAUGUUCACUGCGAGGGGCCGUCUAAGGUAUGCAUGGAUAACUGCAUUUGCCAGUGUGAGUCCAAGCGUGCUGCUAGGGAUGUAGACAUCCCCGACGACCUUGUUGGAGAAGCCCCGGUAGACAAAAAGACUGGAUUCGAGGUCAGCGUUUAA